UAUUUGGAAUGCCGAGAAUCUAAUAUAUUGGAUGGAAGCAGGGGAAGUGAUGCUGACGGCAGAAAAAUUAAGGGUGUUUCCUUACCUUGAGGAGCUGACCUUGGAGCAGUGUAAGCAAUUGAGAAGUGCUCCCAGUCAUUUUCCAUCUCUCAAGAAGUUGGUGAUACGAGAAGUGGAAAGUGGUAUGCCUAUAGCAAGUAUUUUAAGCAAUAAACUGACUACUCUCACUUAUCUCGAAGUAGAUGGUGUCAAGGGACUUACUAGUCUUCCAGAAGGGAUGUUAAGAAACAACAAGAAUCUUAAAUGUUUGAAAAUCGGCAACUGUCCGGAGUUAAGCUGCAUUGCUCCCCAUGGAUUUGACUGCUGCGCAUCUCUUGAGAGUCUGACUAUUUGGGAGUGUCCUAAGUUGAGGUAUUUAUCUGAUGGGCUACUCUCACUCUCUCUCAAGGAGUUGGGCAUACAAAAUUGCUCCAGUCUAGAGUCCAUUCCAAUCAUCCCUGAGGAAGGCGGUCUCGCAUCCCUGCGCACAUUGUGGAUAUUCGAGUGUUCUCUUCGAAAUUUACCUGAUGGGCUACAAUACUGCACAUCUCUUCGAAAUUUGCUAAUAGACAGCUGCCCAGAGAUAACGUCCAUUCCAAUUCCAUCUGCGGGCCUCCCGUCCCUUGGUCAACUGGUGCUUAUGCAGUGUCCUGAAUUAUCAAGCCUACCGAGUGGACUAGGGUGCUGCACCUCUCUUGAUGAUUUGACAAUGAUAGGGUGCCCUAAGGUAACAUCCAUUCCAAUUGGCAGUCUCAGUACAACACUCAGAUGCUUGGCUGUAAGUAAUCUAGAGUCUCUUCCAAUUUUACACGGCGGCUUCACAUCCCUCCGUCAAUUGGGAAUCGACGGCUGUCAAAGUACACAAAUUGAUCUGCAAUUUUGUCAAAUCCUCGUCUCUCUUGAGGAUUUGAGAAUAAGUGAUUGUCCUAAUCUAGAGACUGUUCCAAGUUUAGACAAGCUCACAUCCCUCCGUCAGUUGUGGAUUAGAGAUUGUUCCCGAUUGACAUGUCUACCCAGUGGGUUAGCAAUGGCAUCCCCACACGUAUUCACCCGUCUCGAGUCCUUGUCACUUGGUCCGUUUUGGAAUGAGCUGGAUUCAUUCCCGGCACUUCAGGUUCUACCACAACUUGAAUCAUUGACGAUCUACGGGUGGCCGAAGCUCAAGUCUCUGCCUGAACAAAUUCAACACUUGACGUCUUUGACCGAAUUGCGGAUAGAGGACUUUGAGGGAGUGGAGGCUAUUCCAGAAUGGUUGGGAAACCUUGCAUCUCUUCACUCCUUACAUAUUCGGAGUUGCAAGAAUCUGAUGUAUCUACCUUCCGUCCAAGCUAUGCAACGCCUCACCAAAUUAGAUUAUCUGGAGAUGUGGAAUUGUCCCCUUUUGAGAGAAAGAUGCACCGCGGAGAGCGGCCCAGAGUGGCCUAAGAUUUCUCAUAUUCCAUACAUCUCUGGUAUUUGAGACAGGUGGUUGCAUAAACCGUUGAAGCUAUUUGAUACAUCAAUCAAGAAUAAGAGGUGCCUACGGGAGUAUCCUCAAUUAGGAAUUUCUUCAAGUUUCACAUCGACUUACUUACUGUGUUCGGUGUGCUGUAUUUGCUGGAGCGUCUACAAUUUUAUGUAACUGUUAUCCUUUUGGGAUCUGAAAAUGGGAGCUGGAAGGAAGACACAAACCUUAAUUAAGCCUCCUAAUCCAGACCUGGCACCCUACUCUGUACAAGCAAGACAGUUGAGAAGUAAUCACCUAGAGCAGCAUAAUGAUGGAGUGUCUAUCUAAACAACUCUUUGGUUUACCGGGUCCACACUUUUCAUAUGUGAAGAAUAUUAGUCCUGGCUUGCCCCUCUUUCUCUUCAACUGUAACGAUAGGACGCUUCAUGGAAUUUAUGAGGCUGCUAGCCAUGGCCAAAUGAAUAUUGAUCCAUAUGGUUGGACAACUGAUGGAUCAGUGAGAACACAAUUCCUGCACAGGUUCAGAUUCGCAUCCGGCUGCAGUGCAAGCCACUGCUUGAAAGUCAGUUUAAACCGAUUAUUGCAGACAACUACUACAGUGCAAAUAAAUUCUGGUUUGAGCUUGAUCAUGCUCAGACAAACAAGCUGAUGUCUUUGUUAGCAUCUUGCGCAGUUGCGCAAUCGCUCCAGGUACUUCUGUACCACAGAAAAUACCAAAGAGGAAAACUGAUCUUCCAAUGCAACCCUCACGUAAGACAACAGUGGAAGCUUAGUGGCUCAAACUACUCACUUCAGGGGCGAAAACACUAGUUGGAAACUACAAUCCAUUUGAAGCUGUAUUAGAUGUGAAAGACGCUGAACAAGAUGAACAGCACCUCAUUUGCGCGAAACUGAAAGAGUUGUCUCUUCAACGUGAUCUCAACAGUGAAUACCAAAACAUGCCUUUGUCAAUAGAUGUUAAAGAUAGUGCUAUUGUUAAUGCAACGCCUGUAGCAGUCAAUUGGAAUCCACCCGAACCAUUGGGUUUAGUGGAGAUGAGGGUAGAGAGGUCUCAUUCCUGGUCUGAGAAGAAGAGUGGAGGGAGUCCUUGCUCAUUGUCUGCGCUGAGUCCUCGAUCCUCGUCUGAUCAGUCACAAAUCGAUAAGUUGGUUCAAGAGGUAGAAGAGCUAAAGGCUUUCAAGAAUGAACAAACUAAGAAGAUAGGCUAUUUGGAGUAUAAGCUGGAGCAGGCACAGUCUGAGAUUAAACAGUUAAAAGAUGGUAUGAAGUUGGAAUCUGAGUCUACACCAUCCCUUGCACGUAUUGAUGAAAAGCAGGCAGAGUCUGAAAUUCAGUUAAAAGACGGUAUGAAGUUGGAAUCCGAGUCUGUACCCUCCACACAAGAGAAGGUUAUUGCAUCGUGUGAUAUGCUGGAUGUGGAUCCUAAUGAGUCAAUAUAUCUAGUCGGAGGACAUGAUGGUGAAUUAUCAUGAAUUAUCAAGCCUACUGAGUGGACUAGGCUGCUGCACCUCUCUUGUUGAUUUGGUAGUAACAGAAUGCCCUAAGGUAACUUCCAUUCCAAUUGACAGUCUCAGUACAACCCUCCGAAACUUGGGUGUAAGUAAUCUAGAGUCUCUUCCAAUUUUACACGGCGGCUUCACAUCCCUCCGUCGAUUGGUAAUCAACGGAUGUCAAAGUACACACAUUGAUCUGCAAUUUUGUGCCUUUCUUCAAAUCCUCGUCUCUCUUGAGGAGUUGACAAUAAUAGAGUGUCCUAAUCUAGAGACUAUUCCAAGAGAGACAGAGAGGUGGAGAGAAUUGUUGGAUUGAUAGAGAGCGAGAGACAGAGAGGCGUUGUUGAGAUUGUUAUUCAUUUUGAGGCAGUAUUGAAACAAACUAACUGAGAACCGUAUGGAAGCGAAAACGGUGGUGAAUUGGUAGAAGAUGAAGAGGAGGAAAAAGAGAAUCAUGCUCAACUGCUUGCCCUUCCUCCUCAUGGGUCUGAAGUUUUCAUUGGUGCCCUUCCUCAAGAUGCCUCAGAAAAAGCGUUGAGGAAAGGCAACUACUUCAAUCACACUGCUUCCAUCCUAUCAACUCUAAAUCUCUAUACCAGUAUCAUAGAGCAGCUUCUCUAAACAACAAAUCCUUCAUCCUCGGCAAGAAGUUCGUCAAAGCUUACAUUCCAGGAAUCACUGUUGCAAAUUCUGCCCAGACAAGGAAUGAAUGUUAAAGGUAGUUAAAAAUAACUACUGUGCUUGAAAAAGUGAUAAUAGUAACAAUGCACACAGCAAGAAUUCAAGAUAUCCAACCCUUAGAAAACGACCUCCAAAUCAAAGUGCAGGUAUGCAGACUGUGCCCAUCUCCCUCAAUUCCACUUCAUUGUUUCUAUUUGAUCGACUACAGCCAGAUGGCUGGCCGUAUAGAAAACAAUGAGAUCCUUUCAGCUAAAUUAUCUUUUCUUCCAUUUAGAUUUUGUAUGGUCCUACUGUUUUGGUGCAUCCCUAUAUUAAACAGAUACAUUACCUAUACUAACCGCAAGCAUUACCCCUGGAACUGUGUUGAUCAUUCGGGCUGGAAGGUUCAAGGGCAAGAGGGUCUUUUUGAAGCAGCUCUCUUCUAGCUUGCUUUUGGUCAUUUAUAAUUAAGCUGAACCCUAACGACAAUAUACCCGCAGCAUCGUGCGGGCCGCAAUAUCUAGUAUCAGACUAUUUUCCUGUGGUCUGCCGGAAAAUCCAGGACUUGAUUCUAUCUUGGUGCCAAGCCAACAGGUUCCCUUUCAGAAAAAGAAGCUUUCAGUUUGUGCGUUUGAACUUUGAAGUGGCCUUCAAAGUGCUGCAUGAAAAGCAAAUUAAGAGAAAAUGUGUACUACAAAGCAGUAUUGUGGAUUUUAGUCCUGUACUCUUGUUGUACUCCAAAGCAACUCAUAGCCAUCAAAUCCGAUAGAAACAGUGGGUGAUUUCUGACGGAUGAUAUGGCAUAGCUGAAACAAGCUCAGAUUUGUGAGGUUAAGGCCAAUCUUGAAUUGAUUUUUCAAGGCAGUUCAAGCUCAUGUUCAAGCAGGAAGAUCUUUGCCUUCAGGUUGCUUCAGUUUGAAUGAAGUAGUCAUUUUACAAACUUUUGCUUGUCAGGUAGAGCAUAUGUAGAGGUGCUCUGAAAUCCUCUUGUUCCAGAUUAAGACCUUAUAUGUGGGCAAUGACUUUAUUGGAGAUGUUCCUUUAACAAAGAAAAUUCUUGCUGCAUUAACUACAGGUGCUCUAGCAAUCAGUGGCAAAUCAACUGAUCUUGUAAAAGUUAAGACUUCAAGCUGAGGGAAAACUACCACAGGGCGCACCAAGGCGCUAUUCUGGCGCACUAAAUGCGUAUUCCACCAUUUUGAGACAGGAGGGAGUUGGGGAUCUAUGGACUGGAAUUGGACCUAACAUUGCACGUAAUGCUAUCAUUAAUGCUGUUGAACUAGCCAGUUAUGGUCAAGUGAAGAAGGCUAAGAAGUUCGUGAAAAGUAUAGAGUCAAAAUGAAAAGUGAAGCCAAGAGAGUGGAUUUAGAUUGCAGGGGUAGCAUCUAGAGCAAACAAUAGUUGUUUCAGAGAAUAACAAGGCCCUCGACAAACCUUUUUCUCCCAUACUUUUGCUAGCUGAGGAGAAGAUUCAUCUGAAGGAAAACUGCUUAUUGGAAACUCAGAAGUUCAGAAAUAAUUAGCAUUUGUUUUCUGGAUUACAUAUCUUUCCUUUGUCAUCAUAUUGAUGAAUUGUGAUUAUCAAAUUUGUCUAUCAAGGCUCUAAUUGCUUUGUUUGCAAAGCCAAA